AUGGAGGUCUUAAUUCAAGGGACGAUAAGUGCAUUAGGAUAUCUCGAAGAUGGAGUCUACUAUCAAGAGCCUGAUUGUUACGAGACCAUCCGUGAUUUGAUUCGGUUUCUUCGGACCGACAAUAAUCUAUUGUUGGCUCGUAAGAUUUGCGGAGAGCGUAAUAUCAUCGAAAAUGAUCUCAUCCCUAUUAUUAAAUCAGACGACCUCAAGGACAACAUGUUCGAUAUUACACUCAGAUUGUUGGCAAAUCUGACUCAGCCAGCCAUUGUAAGUUUGCAAGGGAAGCAGCCAGAAGAUCGUGAUGAAUGGCAAACCUACUGGACGUUGGAGGAAAACCUUAGAAGAGCAAAGCUCGCCUUCGCUGACGUGAAGUUCUUCGCGGUUUUGAAGAAAAAGUUGGAGAAGUAUUUUAUGGAGACAGAUUGGGAAGACCGUCUGGAAGAGGAUCGUUUAGUAAUGGAGCGAAUCAUUGUUUUGUUGCGAUAUAUUUUCUCGAUCUCGCCAACUGAAGGAGAUGGCAGAAGAACAGCCGCUGAGUCGAAUAGUCAUGAUAGAGUAAUUAUGGCUUUUUUGGAGUCUGGUAUAGAUAAGGUAUUGACACAUAUCGCUAUGCAGUCUAAAGAACAAGAGUUCCAUCUUUCCAUUAUGGUCAUUUUUGCGCUUAUUCUCAAAGAACAUAAACCUGCUGACAUCGCCUCUGCUGGUCGAGGCAGAACACAGGCUGAGAAAGAACAGGCCGAAGAAGAGCUGCGCCAAGUAGUAGAAACUGAGAAAGCAAAGCUCAACGCUAAAAGAAGAAAAAUAUUAGCUAGCAGACAUCCAAGGUUCUUCGGUUCGUAUGUCGUGAAGGGAUUGUCUGCUGUCAACAAAGAAAAAGACCUUGUCGUUCUCAAACCACUCAAGGAUGUGAACGAGUUGACUUUUCAAGCCGAACGAAAACGCCAAAAGACCAUUGCAAAGAAUAGGCGGCCAUUCGAUGCCGAACUAAAGACCCAUUUGUCUUCAAUGGAGCUUCGUUUUAAGUUGAAGGAAUGUCUUGAAGAAGACUUGUCAAGGUGUUUCAAUCGCAUGAUGAAAAGCAGCAGAGAGAUGGCUUUUGACACGCGGCUUUCUGCUGGUCAAAAGAACGCUGAUAUGUAUUUCUUUUUGCUUAUGCGAUUUAUGCUAGAAUACACGCGCUUAGCGGGACGUCCCUCAUCAAUCGUGUCUGUAUGCCUUCCCGUUGAAUCAUUCCAUCAUAUUCAAGUGCACCUCGAUAAUUAUCUUGAAAGUGCAGCAGCACUGAACAAGGAGGCAAAGAGUUUUGGUCUACGAGCACAGCAUGCAUUGUCAGCCUAUAAGGAGCUUAUUCUUUUCCACCUGCAUCUCCUUGAUAAAGGAUCUCCUGAGGAAAAGGAAUUUGCAAAGCGAACAUGCUACCAUAUCUUGACAGUUGAAGAAUAUCGAGAGAUGGGAAUCGUUCUGAUCAGAAAGUUCAAGGUUUGA